AUCCUACUCAUGAAUAUCAGACCGAAUUUGAUCUAAUCGAGUGAAUAAAGUUCGAGCCCGGAAAUUUUUAAUGGUAUGAGUAAAAUUUGAACCCAACUAUUACGAAUGAUGAGUGAACAUUCUUUUCUUACUGUGCAUCCGGAAUUCACCUAUUAUUUUAAAAUGUGUUGCAAAUGAUGAUGGUUUAUGAGACUCGUGAUCGUAUCUAUACUCGAAAACUAGUCCCUCUCAAUUACGUGUUUUUUGUUAUACUUAGUAAAUAGUCGGUUUCGUGUCGUUUAUAUCGAUUCACUUAUUUGUAAUUAGGUUCCAUAAUUACCUAGUCACUCUCACUCCCUAUAUCUACUAGCAAUAUGAUCCUUACGGCCUUGCCCAAUCCCUUUUUCCCGUUUCAUUGCACGCCUUACCGUCUGUUACUGAUAUGAUUUUACAGUGUUAGUCGCUUCGUCUACUCUUGCCGCUUCCCAACAACGCAUCGAAAAAGGGAAGCAAGAGAAGGGCUAAAUCCUUGUUUGGAUUCCCUAUUUAUUUCUUCAGCAACGUAUUACUACCAAUUUGGUCUUUUGUCCGAUCCUGUCACCAUGGAAUGCCACUUGAAGCUCAUGAUCAGAACCCCCGCCAGGAAUUUCCCUUCACCGUCGCCGGCGGACUUCCCCCACGAGUUCGCCGGUCUCCGGAUGUUGACCCAGCACUUCGCAUUUUACUGCCACUGCCGCCGCCGCCGGCCAGCUGAAGAGUUCUAUCGGCUGGAAUGCAAGAUUCCGAUCAAACGGGUCGUUCUGAGAACGGAUCUGGUAAGCCUCUGCGCGGCAGACCGUUGGGCCAACAAUGGCGGCGGCGGCCCUGCCGCUCUGCUUUCUGGAUCGAAGGAUGUGGCAGAGGAGGAGGAGGAGAAGACAAUGGCGGCAGGGGAAUGGAGCUGUGGGGUGUGUAAGGUUGUUGCCAAAACUGAGAGACAAUGGAAGCAGCACGUCGAAGGCAGUAGACACAAGGCGAAUGUCGUCGAAGCAGCUCGAAGCGUGGGCAAGGAGAUGACGAUGAUGAUGAUGAUGAAUCCGAAGUCCGUGCGGAAACAGGAGAAGAAGCCAGCUGCUGCUGCAGCAGGCAGGAGGAUAGGGUCCAGAACGGCGGGGUUCGAGUUUUGGUGUGAAGCUUGUGAAGUUGGGACUUAUUCUCUGGAUGGCAUGAUCAAGCAUAUUGGCGGGAGGAGGCACGCCGGAGGGAUUAAGGAACUCCAUAAUGCUGGUCGGCGUCUGGCCGGCGACGAAAGGGUUUGCUAGAUUUUUGAGGAAGUUAGAGGAUGUAUAAAAUGUGAAAACAAUGUGUAGGGUGCAAGAAUCCUCUGGAGGGGCUGAUAUUUGCGUCCGGGUAGUUGAGGGUAUUUAUGGUGGACAUGUGUGAUGGGUCAAUUUAAUUUCGAAGAAAUUUUUAGUUGCUUAGGGCUUGUUCUCGUUGCUUACGUAUGUUCGCUUUGUUGAUCGGAUUUGUAAUAAAAAGGGCAUAUUUAG